AUGGAUGGAGCGGAGCGGGAGAAUCGCCAGGCUCCGAUUCCCGGCCCUGCCCGUGGUGCCCUGGGCCUGCCCGGCUGCCAGCUCCGUUCUCUUGGUCACAGGAGAUGCAAAACCCCAGGAAAACCCCAAAUGCCUGAUGUUCCCAAGCUGAGGGCCGGCGGGGCGGCCGCGAUCCCCCCGCCCGCCGCCCGCCCUCGCCCUUUGUUCGCUGAGGGGAGGGAGCGCGCGGGCGGGAGGCGGGAAGCGCGCGGCCGCCGCCAGCGUAAGGGGCCGAAGGGCGUUGCCCGCGCGGGAGCGCGCACCGCGAGGCUCCCGGCCGCGCGCACCGCCCGCCCUCCCUCCCGGCCGCGCUGGGCGGGUGCCCGGUGGAGGCGGCGGAGCCUCCGCACGGGCGGGGCGGAGGGAGGAGGGGAAGGAGGGAGGUUCGCCGCGCCCAGGCUGCCGCUGCCCGAUGGCUGCGGGGAGCUGAGCGGGCUGAGGAGGAGUCGAGACCCAGCGACACCCCCUCCCCCGCGGAUCCCUCCUUCCCGCUCGGCUCUGCCGCCUUCCCCGGGACCCGCCGGGCGCAUCGCGGGCGGCUCCCCCGCUCCUCCUCCGCCGCCUCCUCCUCCUCCUCCGCCCCCCUUCCCUCCCCAGGCCGGCGGGACGCGGGCAGGACCGCGGGCGGCGGACGGACCGGCCCGGUUCAUGAGCAGCGGCCGGGAGGGCAGGUAA